AGUCACUCAGUUGUCCGGCGGGUGGUGCUGUGCUAUAUACUAUCAGCCAGAUGUCACCGCUGAAGCCUUUGUUGCUGCUGCUGCUAGGAUGGCUCGGAUGCGGCCACAUUGAGGCACGCUAUGUGCACGGCAUACCAAAUAUUUGCAUGAAGCCACCGCCGUUCUCCGAGGGUAUGUGCACCAUUGAGAUCGAGGGUUUCUUUUAUGAUCCGGCGACGCUCGACUGCCGGAUGUACUCGAUUGGCGCAUGCCGGCUGACGCCCGGCCAAAGCUUUGGCAGCCACCAAGACUGCAUCGCGACCUGUGUGCGGGGCCAGCGUCGCAGUCGCGAUUACUAUAAGAAUGAAUGAGGCGUCUCAAUAAACAGAUCUGUGUGUCUACUAUAACAACAA